UCUCGUCAACAGUUGCAGCUAAUGAUUUUGUUUAGCUCAUUAAACAAUUAACCAUAUAUAAUGAUAACUGUUGUGUAAUGUAACAAUCGUAGAAAUAAUAAUUAAACUUAGUCCUUAAUAUAGAUAUGGCUUACACAGAAAAGGUGUCGCUUAGCGGCACCGCACUGUCAUUUUUGUUAUAUGAAUGUGUAAAUUCAGGAUGCAGUCAGGAAGGUUUUCUAGUUGGAGAUAUAACAUCUCAAAUAACCAAUCACAUAUCAGACUCUCAAAGUGAUAAUGCAAGGCUUGAUACUCAAAUCGUUAUUAGAACUGUAUUACCGCUGCCUUCGGUGUCACUUUUCUAUUUUCCAACUGGAAGAAUAAAAGAAGAAGUGUUGUCUGAAUUACUCUCUAAUACUGCCAAAGAAAUCGUUGGAUGGUACAAAUAUAGAAAGAAUACCAACAUCAAACCUACAUUUCGAGAUAAGUUAAUUGCAAAAGGUCUACAAAAAUACUUUGAAAAAUAUCAUGGGAAGAAAACAUUUGUAACUUGCAAUCUAACAAACAGAACAUCUUCUGCUGCAUCAACCCACACAUUUACUUACAGAUUUGGAAAAAUCAAUUGUUUUGAUAUGUAUGAAUAUAUUGAAGAUGUCACAGGUAAUUUAGGUGAAAAAGUAACAGGCUACAAAAGAGCACAUCAACUACCAGCAAAUUGUGUAUUCAAUAAAAUUGUAAAAGAAACAAAUGUUCAGAAUACAAACACAACUGAAGCAAUACUGAGCAUACAAGAAGCAGUUGAUGUUAGGUUGAUGAUGGAAGCAAAAAUUGCAGCAAAAAAUGAAAGCACAAUCAGGGAACUUCAGGCAGAAAUAAAACAAAUGACUUCUAUUUUGACCGACAAACAGUCAGUAGAAUUGUAUGCUUCAUAUAGUAAAAUGAUUGAAGAAGAGACUCAGAGACAGAAAGCUGAUAUGGUUAAAGCUUGUGCGGAAGCCUUGAAAGCACCACAAAAACUAGAUAUGAUGACCAUCAACAAUCUCAAAAAUAUGGCAUCGACUAGCAGUCAAUCGGCACAAGGAGAAAGUACAGCAGGUGUGGAUGAUGUUCCCAGUGAUCGAAACCCAAGUCCAUGCUUAAUAACUACAAGUCCAACAAAGCAAAUACUCAAUUAUGCAGCUGCUCUAAAAAAUAGAAGUGACAUGCCAUCAACAAGUAAAGACACUACAAUGAGUGAAGACUUAAUUACAUUUGAUGUGGAAGACAGAAGAUAUAUAAAAAAGACUAUUGUUUUAAACAAUGAUGUGAAGUGUUUUGGUGAUAGUUCACCAGAGUACUAAAGUGCCUUCUUAAAAUCCUUUAUAAACAAUUGUUCAGUUACCACAAUUACUUCAAUAGGUUACUAUAAUUUACUUAACUAUAUUAAUAACACAUGUAUACUUUUAAAACUUUAAUCUCAAUAAUGUGUCUUCAGAAUACAAUGCAACAUUAACUUGAAUAAAUGUUUUCAACUAACAUAUCUUAUGGUAUCUAUAAAAAUAUUGUAAUAAUUUUGAUAGUGAAAAUGAUUAUUGUAAAUGCUACUUGACAUGGGAAUAAUUGAUUUUAUACGGAAGUAAGCUAUUGUUUAUUGUACUGUAUUUUUAGCAGAAAGAAGAGUUUAAGAUAAAUGUAAAUAUAAAUAAACUCUAAAUUUUUGGAAAAUAAAUGAUGCAUUUUGUAAGAAUAUAACCCAGACUAACAAAUUUGUUUUCAUUUUCUCUUGCAUAUAAGAGAAAAAAAAAUACUCUUGAUUUUUCUCUUGGAAUUUUUUCAAAAGUUUUUAUUUUUAUUCAAGCACAAACUCAAUUAUUUCUUUAUUUUUGAGUCUCAAUUAUUUCUUUAUUUUUAAGUGAACUUAUGAAUAUUUAUGUAAAAGUUGUAAAAUGUCUAUAUGAAUAAAUUGAAUUAAUAAUCCUCCACUCCAUUGGAAUGUGGUACAAUACAUAUGUGGAAAGUCCAUAAUAUCAACUUUAUUUAGUGUCUGUCUGUUUGAUUUAAUUUUUUGAUAUUUCAUUCAGCUUUUGUACUCUUAAAAACCUAUUAUUAUAAACCACAAGUUACCAACUCAUUACCUCAUUGUUGUGCAUUUGAUAAAUGAAUAAACUGCAAUAUAGUACAAUAGCUAUAAUUACUAGUAAAAGGAAGCCCACUCUGUCAAAACAUUCUUCGAGAGACAAAAAGAUUAUGCAAAGAUUAAAGCAUUAACUUUCACACCCUACCUCGUAAGUGGUACCGCAGACAGUAGAUGUCCCAAGGUCGUAGUCUCAAAUAACCUUUUUAAAAUGGUUGGCAGACUUCAACACCUACUUCUGGCUGUUUCGCAGCAGAAAUAAACUUGAUGGUGAAUGAUUUUCCUACUUGUUUAUCUUGAUGAUAUUGCUUUUUGUACUUAUUAAUUUCAAAUGUACAUAAAUUUUUAUGUACCUCAUAUUUCUUACACAGAGUAUACUAACACAAUAUCCAUAAUAGUAUUUACUAUGGCACAGCUUUUAAGGUACAAAUGAGGCUAUUUAUUUUAUAACCGACUUCAAAAAAGGAGGCUUUAUGAACGAGUUUAUGAAAUUUAAGCAUUUACAAAAAAAAAUCUAUUUCUAAAACAAUAUUUUUGUUUGCCUCCCUCUGGUAUACUCACGAGGUAGUUUCAUUGUUAAGUUUAAUUGUUGUGUUGAAGUCUGUAUUAAUUAUUUUUGAAUAUAAUUAUGUUGGAUAAUAUUUUAAUGUUCAUUUAAUAAGCAUAAAAAAGCAUUUUCUUCAUUGUUUUUUUUUUAA